AUGCCAUCUCCAGCGCACCCUCAGCUGCAAUCCCUGUCUCGCCAGCGGCCGCAAUUCGCUCUGGCUGCAGACGGCUCUUUUCGUCGAGAGUUCCUGCACUAUGCGGGUCGCUUCAUCUUCCGCCCCCUAAAGGGAUUCGACACAAAUCAGAUGGAGAUUAUCAUCAAGCUUCAUGUGAGCGAGUUCUUCAAGGGGGCCCUGCCGGAGUACUUUGGCAAUCGUUUGGUCAACAAGCGCUGGCUGAUGAUGGAGCGCGACCAGACGGUGGCCGAGGUGGAUAGCUGUCAGGACGAGGAUUUUUGA